CCUAUAAGCUGGUUGCCAAUAAGCACCAAAGAAGCAGAAGAGGAAGCAGAACAGCGCAUGUGCAGUAGUGCACUUCUCUAUUUGUAGUCCUGCCUGUCUCUGGAUGCCCUCUCUCGUCCUACAUCUAUAGAUCCAUGGUAAAGCCGGACCGUAGAACAUGAGGAGGACUUUGACAUUGGAUGUGUCUCUUUAAACAUACGAAGCAGGAAGCAGCAGGAAACACCGGGCAGGUGGAUUUACCGGUGGAUUACCGGUUAGUUCCCAUCACCGGCAGAGGUGAUGGGACGUGAAGGAGGAGCUGUAACACAUCUUUAACGUUAGCUGGUGGUGAUGAAGGCAGGUUGUCGCGCAUUACUGUAACUAAUAACUAUAUAUAUACACGUCUGUUGUCUGUCCCCGUUGUGUCGGCUUUGAAGGAGUCAUUCAUCGUUACAUUACCGUCAGCUAGACCCGGUUAGCUAACUAUGCUUUUAUCACAUUUGGAGCUAUGGAGAACAUAUUGGGAGUGUGUUUCCAGACCUUACACGGUGUUCAUCUGCUCCCUCACGGCCGCACUGUACUAUCUGUGGGGCCGCAAGUGUCAGACGCCAGCCCUUGUCUCAAGCACGGCUUUCAGUGCAUUCCUCCACAAGCACUGUCCUGUGGUGGCUGAGUGCUUCAGUCCCACUCCCUGGUGCUGGGGAGGCCGCGUUCAAACCCUCGUCUGUGCCGUCCUCAAGUCCAGACCCCCCGUCACUUAUCGCAAUGAGCUGAUCCGUACGGUUGAUGGUGGUCAGAUCUCUCUGGACUGGGUGGACAAUCGGGACAGCGCGACCUACCCAGAAUCCUCUACCCGCCCCACAGUACUGAUCCUCCCAGGCCUCACAGGCAACAGCAAGCAGUCCUAUGUGCGCCAUGCCAUUAUCCAGGCAACCCGCCACGGCUACAGAUGUGUGGUCUUCAACAACAGAGGGCUUGGAGGGGAAGAGUUGUUGACGCCCGUCACCUACUGUGCUGCCAAUACCUCAGAUCUUGAGUGUGUGGUGCACCAUGUCAAAGGAGUCUACCCACAUGCCCCUGUGCUUGGUGCUGGUGUGUCUUUGGGAGGCAUGUUAUUAUUAAACUACCUGGCCCGUAAGCGCACAGAGUCAGGGAUGGUGGCGGGUUUCACCAUCUCAGUCCCCUGGAACGCACUGAAGUCCGCCGCCUCUAUGGAAGAACCACUCAACUGGCUGCUCUUCAACAGAUACCUCACCAACGGCCUGUGUCAUGCUGUCACCAGGCACAGGAAGGUUCUGGAGAAAGUGGUGGACAUUGACCAUGUCUUAAAGGCGCAGACUAUCCGUGAGUUUGACGAACGCUUCACCUCUUUGCUGUUUGGUUAUAAAUCUUGCACGGACUAUUACCACGAUGCCAGCCCGGACCAUAAACUCCCCAACACAGCAGUUCCCAUCUUGUGUCUCAACGCUGCUGACGACCCCUUCUCUCCCCAAAACGCCUUCCCGUUGACCAUAGUCCGGAGCCUGCCUAAUGUCGCUCUGCUGCUGACGGCCUACGGAGGACACAUCGCAUUCCUGCAGGGUCUGUUUCCCUGGGGUGAGAGCUACAUGGAGCGCCUGUUUGGUCAGUUCGUCCAAGCCGCCUUUGAGCACCCUAAGGACAUCAAGAAAGCUUGUUGCAUUAAGGACGAACAGAGCAGCGGAUCAUCUUCCACCCACCUGACUGAAUACCAGGACGACUGCUAGCGGAAAAAGAAUAUGAAGUCACUGGCAUCAUAGCAGCAGAACAGCAAUUCACAAAAAAUGCAUUGCUCAGCUUUGCAUGCCGAUAUCUAACCACUAAAAUGUUGGGUCUCCUCCAUGUUUGCACAGAGAAUGACCGACUGUAUUGUACAAUCACAUGACCUCACUGCAACUAUGCUAUCUACCUCCUCAUCUUCUCAGGUUCAGCUUUUAAUUAAUGAGCAAUCAAAGAAGGUUUAAAAAAAGAAGUCCAGAGCUACGUUGAAGCCUAAUAUUGCAUCAAUACACAAAAUAAUAAUAAUAUAUUAGUUAAAAAAAAAAGAAAGUCAAAAGACUAUAAAUUGCUUUUAAUCUUAUUGUUUCUCCCACAUGCCGUCCCAACUUCACAUGAAGCUCUGUAGUGUGUUGAAAAGAAAAUGCACAGUUAUUCCCUCUUAGAAAACGAGCGCUUGGACUUUGGACACUCUGUGAGAAUGUUAUUUAAAAUGUUAUUUAAAUUGAAAUGAAUUUAAUGUGAAAAUUGGAACACUUUUUCCUCAUGCACUACUUUGGUUUUGCAAGACUUGUUUUUCUUCGAAGUGUGCAACAUUCCUUGAAGGAUUAUACUUCCCCACGUCUCAGCCCUGCGUGCAUGGUUUGUAUACAAUUUCUCAACGCAUACCAUAUUCUGAGGCAAUCCUGCUGACAGCUCAGUUAUUAGAUCUGUCAGUUUCAACCUAAAAAAAACAUCCACGCAGCAGGAACAAACAUAUCUGCCAUGAAGAAAAAGACUUAUGGAAUUGUAAAAUAGCUUUUGAUUUAAAAAAAAAAAAAAAAAAAAGAAUUGUAAAAGCAUUGUAUGCUUGUAUAUGCUUUUUCGCAGUGUGCUUGGUUGCAAUGUAAAUGAUGCACAUGUACAUCAAAAUGAAGUGAAUGAGCCGACACAAUGUAAAAAGCACUUGAGGCAUUGUAUGUAGUAAUAAUUUAAUAGUGAGUGGUUCUGAGUUUGUGUGUUGUAAUCUGCCUUUAGUUUGUCACUGACGCACAUUGUAGUUUGAGGAAUGGGCGAUAGACAAAAGAAUGUCUAUCACGUCUGUAUCGUGGCCACUCGCAGUCCACAUGAUGAUUAUUUGAUGUGUAGUUUGUAUUGAAUUGCUGAUUUGAAGCAGGUCAGUAAGUGUACUGAAUGUCUUUUCAAAUCAGUCGAGAAUAUGUAGAAGGAUUUUAUUGUUUGUGUAUCACCAAUAGUGCACUGAUGAUACAACCACACCAUUUUAAAAAUACCAAUACCAAGGUAUUAUUCAUUUAUGUCAUUAUUUACCAGAAGCUACAGCUGUUUGACUCUCAGAUCAAGAUUAUAGCAGCAAAUGUUGCUAAUUGUUGGCAUAUUGAGUGUAUUUGCUCAUCAGCUCUUUGCAGAUCUUCACCACUUUCACUUGCCUUUUAAUUGCUGUGUAUUUCUUAAUGGACAAAUGCUUUUUGGUUGUUUUCAGUUUCUCUUCUUUAUGAGCUGUGUUUGCAAUAUCAGUUAAGAUUGUUACUCUCUUCACCUGAAAGAACUUUGGGCAUUAUGGACUAUCUAUUUGAGUUUUUGUUUGUUGAAUUACACUUGAAUUAAAGAAUGACAAUGAUACAGA